GGAUUGUAAUACAAGCCAGGCUCCUUCUCGCGUGUCGGCAGACCACAUUCGUCUCAAAACUGUUGCAAUGGCCCUCUCCGCUCGCUCCGUUGUGGCUUCUCCCGUCUCUCGCCGCUCAGCGGUCAAGUGCUCUGCCGCCUUCACCAAGGUGUCCAGCACCUCGGCCCUGAAGUCGGCUGGUGGCAAGCAAGUUGUGGAGGUCGGCGGCCAGAAGGUGCUGCUGCUGGAUGUGAACGGCGACAUCAGCGCCGUGUCCAACAAGUGCUCGCACCUCGGCCUGCCCAUCCAGGGCAAGACCGCCCUGUUCACCGCUGAGGUCAAGGACAAGUGCGUGAUCUGCCCCGCUCACGGCACUGCUUUCGAUGUGAAGACCGGCGAGGUCAAGGGCGAGUGGUGCCCGAAGCUGCCCAACCUUCCUCUGGUCGGCAAGGGCCCGGGCAAGAAGCCCCUGCCCGUGUUCCAGGUGCGCAUUAGCGACAACGGCGACAUUGAGGUCAAUGUGUAAACUCCAAAGCUAGCUUUGGUUUCUGGCGGUUGUCCGCUGGCACUUGAGCCCAAGCCUCUCUUCCUGCGCCUGGGAUUCGGACGCGUACUUGAGCUGGCUAUCUGGGGUACCUGAGCUUUGGGGGUGCGCUGAAGCUGUCCUAAUGUUGUGGGAGUCAAGUCCCGGCUGUUUUUUGCGCGAGCGCGACUACGGGCAGCCGGGCAGGCCUUUUUGGGCGGUAACCUGUGCAAGUACAUGCUAUUUUGUUGGAAUUUCUUCUCGGGUGACUAUCCUCUACAAAUUUUGCGGAUGUCGGUGCCAAGUCACUGCACGGUGUAUUAAGGGCAGCGCAUGCCCACGGGAGGGACUCCAGUGGACUGUAACACAGCGGUCACCCAUUACCGCCAAGCCCAUUACUGCGACAUUUGAAGGCACCCCUGAUUUGGAGCUACACUUGCAGAGUGCGGACAGCUAGUACAUGUGCACGAGUAGCUGGCAACACCUGCAGUUGUAUGGGAAGAAUGCACCCGUAGUCCACGAACUGAUUGUCUUCGGAGGCUCAGACUCCGGUUCGACCGGCUAGGCCACGCAACACAGACUUCCACGCCAUGCUUGUGAGGUUUGGGAAGCACUGCGGCCGUUGCGCACCUGGGUACACGCCUGGGUGCCCCUCGUGGAGGGCGGCUCUCAGAAGUUGCACGGCCAAGUUGCAAGUCAGGACUCAGGAUUGAGGUUCCUGAGGUCCGCAAGCAGCGGGGCUCGCGUUGACAGCGUAUCUCCUUUGCUGUAACCAGCAUCAUAAUCAGACAUUAAGUCUGGGCUCGUGAGCGCAAGUGUUCGGAAGUUGGAUGUUUGGAAGUUGGGGGUUGCCUUUCUCUGAGUCAAGACCGGCAGCAGGAAUAGAUGCGUUGUAAGUGAAGCACAAA